UCUUCAAUAAUGAGUCAUUGAGCUUCAAAAAACACUCAUCCCUAUCGAUCUCAUACUCAUCAAAAUUUCAUGAAAUGACAAGUUCGAAGAAUCCCAUGAAUUCCCACCUCAUUUAUUUUACUACACUCUUAGUUUUACACUAUUCAUUACAUACUCUAGCUAGCCCGAAAACCGACAUAACUACCGAUCAAUCCGCCCUUCUAGCCUUAAAAGCGCGCGUCACUUCGGACCCUAACAAAGUCUUGAAAAAUUGGACAAUUCGCGCUUCGACGUGCAAUUGGAUCGGAAUCAUUUGUGGGGAGCGAAAUCAUCGAGUGAUCGGAUUGAAUAUUUCUUACAUGAGUCUUUCCGGAAGCAUUCCUCCCGAGUUUGGAAAUCUAUCGUUCCUUUCUUCAAUCGACAUGAACAACAACAACUUCAGUGGGACUCUGCCAAAUGAUUUGGCAGAGUUAAGAAAAUUGGAAUACGUCGAGCUAGGUUACAACAACUUUGUCGGGGAAGUUCCUACUUGGUUUUCUUCAUUCACUCGGCUCGAGUACUUGUCUCUAAGUAACAAUAAUUUCAUCAAUAUAAAUUCAUUUCUUGAUUCACUUUCGAAUAAUAAUUCGAAGCUUUCUACCUUGAAUGUGUCCUUUGUACCAUUUCAAGGUGAAAUUCCAAAGUCGAUUGAUAAUUUGUAUAAUCUCAAAGUAUUGGAUAUGCAAAACAAUGGUUUUUCCGGAACCAUCCCUUCUUCGAUAAUGAACAUGUCGAAUUUGGAGGUUUUAAAUUUGGAAGGUAAUUCUCUUGAAGGGAUAAUCCCGGAAAGUAUUGGAAGUCUUCAAAAUUUGAAGAUCUUGAACUUAAAAGACAAUAUGCUUUCGGGUUCUAUACCAUUGAGUGUCUUCAAUAUCUCGAGCUUGGAAUGGUUAAGGUUGUCGAAUAAUAGCUUAUCGGGUUCUCUUCCGGACAACAUAUGUCUUGGACUUCCGAGGCUCAAAAAGCUUUAUCUGCCGAUGAACAAGUUACAUGGGCAUAUACCAUCAAAUAUUUCGGCGUGUUCUGAACUCGAAAUAUUGUCGUUAUGGAGUAACCGGUUUACGGGGAACAUACCCGAAGGAAUUGGAAGUAUAAAGUCGCUUCAAUGGUUUUAUCUUAUCGACAACAAAUUAUCAGGUCCUUUACCAUGGAGCAUCUUCAAUAUCUCGACAUUAACUAUUAUAUCGAUUUACCAAAAUAACAUAUCGGGUACUCUUCCUGAUAAUAUAUGUCAUCGACUUCCACUGCUCAAUCAACUUUCUUUAUAUAGUAAUAAGCUACACGGGCGUAUUCCGUCGAACAUUUCCUCGUGUUUUCAACUCCAAACCUUAGAAUUGUCGGGUAAUUAUUUUACCGGAGCCAUACCAGAAGAACUUGGUAACUUAGAUAUGCUCGAUACCAUUACUCUUAGCGACAACAUGUUCACAGGUCCAAUUCCAUCGGGAAGUUUUCGCAAACUUCAAUUGUUAGCCUUUAAUGAGAACAUGUUGACGGGAACCAUACCGCUCAGCGUAUUCAAUAUGUCAUCCCUUAAAACGUUGAUAUUAGAUCGGAAUAACCUCGACGGAGUUUUACCGGAGGAAUUUGGUAAUUUGACCAGCCUUACUUUGGUUCAUCUAGCCAAGAACAAUUUUACAGGCAAAAUACCUAAUGUUAUUUGGAAUAUGUCGAAGCUCUAUUUCUUGGGAGUUGGCGGGAAUUUUCUAACGGGAGAGAUUCCGUCGUCUAUAUGCAAUUUGAAGGCUCUUGAGUUUCUCGAUUUAUCGAAUAAUACAUUCGAAGGCACACUUCCAAGUUGUUUAGGCAACUUUAGUGAAUCCCUUCUUGCAUUGGAUGUCUCUUUGAAUCUCUUCCAUGGUCCAAUUCCGACAACAUUUGUCGAAGGAACCUCGAUAGCGUCUCUUAAAUUUAGUGAAAAUCGAUUUGAAGGAACAUUGCCCGAAUCGUUGGCAUUGUGCAAGAAGUUGCAACUUCUCGAUGUUGGAAAUAACAAAAUACACGGGCCCUUUCCCGUUUGGUUGGAAGAUCUCUCGGAGCUUCGGAUACUUUCUUUGAGGUCUAACAAGUUUAAUGGCACGAUAAAUGAGUCGAAGAGGGAAGUUCCGUUUCCAAAUUUGCAUAUAUUCGAUAUUUCUGACAAUGAUUUUAUUGGUAGGCUCCCGAUUUCUUAUGUUAAGAACUUUGAUGGUCGAUUGAAUGUGAAUGGAAGCGGCUAUUUCUUUGUUCAUUCGUUUGGCGACAAUCUUAUUCCUCUCGACGUAGUUUGGAAAGGCGUGAAUAGGCGAUUGGUGAAGAUUGGGACGACGUUUACUAUGAUUGAUAUGUCGAACAACAAGUUCAAUGGAGAUAUUGAAAAAGUUAUUGGGAAUUUUACGGCGCUUCAACACUUAAAUUUGUCGCACAACGAUCUCACGGGCCAUAUUCCCGAAGUUUUGGGAUCUUUGAAUAGAUUGGAAGUUUUGGACUUGUCGUCGAACCACUUAGAUGGUGGAAUUCCGAGGAGGCUUGUGAACUUAAUGUUUUUGUCGACGUUUAAUGUUUCGUACAAUAAUCUUUCGGGACACAUACUUCAGGAGAGAGGCCAGUUUCUUACGUUCGAGAAUAGUUCAUACAUUGGAAAUCCUUUGCUAUGCGGACCUCCAUUGACGAAGAAAUGCGAAGAUGAAAACGAGCGACCGGCGACGACGACGUCGACGAAGAAGGAUGAAGGCGACAAUAAGAGUAUAUUUGAUGGAGUAACUUGGCAAGGAGUUCUAAUGGGAUAUGGCUUUGGAACGUUGAUUGGAAUUGUCCUUGGCAGAAUAUAUUUGUAACGAGUGUAUUGUAUAGAUAUAAAAAUUUUAAUAUUGUGUAUAUUUCAAACUAAAACAAAAAUACAAUCCCCCACUAAAUAAGACAUGCAUAAUUAUAAAAGAUUAUUGCCCUCAAAAC